AUUAAGUGCGAUGUCAUAGUAAUUUGUCGCCUGUGAACUUUUAGAUAGUCAUUAUGGACUCCUCAGACCUACAUCUUGCGAUUGAUUAUGUUGGAUCAUGUGGUAUUGUUUUGACACCUGAACAGAAAGCCACGCUCAACACAACAUUGACUAUUUUGAAGCACGAGAAUAAGUUCUCGUAUGUGUCGUUUUGGGGUAUAAUUCGAGGAAUCAAUGGAGACUAUUUCAUUGCUCAAGGAAUAGGUAAAGAUGUAUUAAAAGAAAAAACAAAUCUGUACAGUAAAGACUGCACUACAUGGGGGUUGUUGCCAGUACCAGGGAAACAAGACAUAGAAAAAAGCAAACUUUUCAAAAUGAGACUAACAGGUGAUCCUUCACACGAAGCUGAAUACGUUGAGGUGAAACAAUUGCCAGGAGAAGGUGAUGAGCUUGUUGAAACUGAAGAACUUAUAACCAUGAAAGAAGAAGAUAGACUUGCUGCUAUUAUUUACCGCAUAGAAGAGGAAGUUGUUAUUGUUCCGCGUGGUGCACUUAUACGAAUGUACAGCGGACAAGUUGUGAGAAACAAAUCUUUCGAAGGUUUGACUUGUGCUGAGGCUUCAAAGCUAUUAUCAUACUUCCAUUGUCGGCCUCCUGUAUAUAUGUCUAACAAACCAUUAACCGAAAGAGCAAAGCUUGAUAAGGCCAUCGACUUUUUAGAUACUAUUGAGGAUGAUAACCCUGAAGGUGAGAAUCUUUUUUAUUAAGACUAGAUAUUUCUCUACAUUCACUUUUGGAUGUGAGAAAGUGUAAUAAUAGCCGUUAUUGCGUGCUCAUUAGCUGGUGAUCAUAAGAUUAUUUUUCAUAGAUUAAUAAUAAACAAUAUUCUCUUUUUCGAUUACAUUCGGAAGAAAACCUUCAAUUCAUUAAUAUCCACAUUAUAGUUCAUACUUAUAAAAGCUUGUUAGCUGAAUAUAAGUUUUGGGCUGUAAACUAGUAUCCCCGGUCAUGUAGAGCCGGAACUUAAGUGUUCAAAGCGUGGUAUGCAAUUUAGAGAAGUGCACGGUCAGCGAAACAAAGACUUGUGCACAGAUUUCUUGAUUGUCAAGUUUAAUUUUUGAUUGCUUUCUAUCACCUACAGGAAGUUUUGAUUUUAAAACGUUCGUUUUUAAACGGUUUAUGGGGUCUCUAUAAUCACUAGUGAAUAGUGGUGAGCAAAAACAUUAGGUUGACUUCCUUUCUAGAAACUUGUCUGUCGACAGAAACCGAGGGACAUGAAUGUCAAAGGAUGCAGUUUCCUAAGUAAAUAAACAAUAGUUUCUUGGAUGAAUUUAUAUCCUUAUUAACCCAAGAUGUCGCUUCGC